CGCCUUUUAUCACUGAUCUUUGAUCUUGCUUCUAGUCAUGGCGAGAGGAUGGAGUGCGGCGGUGGGAUACAGACCAAGUAGUGCAUUUAUUACCCUGCUGCUGGUCACUUGCCUAAUGCAGCGAUGCUGGACAAUGCACACUAUAGGAUCUCUGGCCUUGGACCACAUCACCUUCUACAAGGUCAUUUCAAAGAGUCCGUUUGUGCUGGUAAAGUUUGACACUCAAUAUCCAUAUGGAGUUCAACAAGACGAGUUCAAACAGUUGGCCAAAAGUUCAUCUUCAAGUAAAGACCUUCUUGUGGCUCAUGUAGGAAUAUCAGAUUAUGGAGAUAAACUUAAUCUGGAGCUGUCUGAAAAAUUCAACUUGGAUAAGGAAAAAUUCCCAUAUUAUUUUUUGUUUGUGAAUGGGGAUAUUGCAAAUCCUGUUGCCUAUGUAGGUCCUAUAAAGACCAGCGCAAUCCAGCUUUGGCUGAAAACUCAGGGGGUGUAUUUAGGAAUGCCAGGUUGCAUAGAACAAUAUGAUGCCUUGGCUGGAGAAUUCUUAUUGGCCACUGAAAAAAAAGAAUUGAAUCAUUUGUUGACCAGGGCACAGGCCUUGGUGGCAGAAGUUGGAGAGCCAUUGGAACAUUCAGCCAAGCAGUACAUCAAGAUCAUGAGUAAAAUCACAGAUCUAGGACAUAACUUUGCCCACAACGAAUAUGAACGAAUAACAAAACUCAUAGAGAAGAACCAAAUGAGCCAAUCCAAGAAGGAAGAUCUCCAGAAAAGGCUUAAUAUCCUCAGCAGCUUCCAGGUCAAAAACACAGAAAAAGAAGAGCUCUGAACAAUGACCAGAUUCUUCCAUGUUUAUUUUAUGGGUGGGAAAUUCUAAAAACAUUUGUCUUAUAACCCAAAAAUAAUGCAAAACUGCAAACAUUUGUUUCCAACUGUGUGCUCCUCAUGUUCUGAAGCCAAAACCGUUUAGUUCAGGAUUAUGGGCAUUUUGCCUGCAUGUGCCGUAUUCUUUGUACCAGUGUUUUCCCUUGCAUUUAAGAAAAGCAAAGAAACAAUUGUGGCAAUUUAAGAUAAUCUGCCAAAUUUUGUAAAAUGUACAUGGUAAUUAGGGGUGUGGCCACAAAAAUGGGCGUGGUACAGUGCUGUAAAAUAUGUUGGCGCUACAUAAAUACAUGUUAAUAAUAAUGGUGAAAUAUUUUCGCUGCGAUCUGCAGUUUUUUUUUUUUUGUCCCUCUUUCAAUUUCCAAAAUGUUGGGAGGUAUGCCAACCCAGUACGUUUAUUUAAUGGGAUUGUUUUUUUUUUUUUUUUUUUUUUUUUUUUAGAAAAAUGCAUGCUUUCUGUUUCUGGAUGUGAAAAUGCUAAUCCUAUAUUUGUAUUUAUCCAUAAAUCAACCAAUAAAGCAAUAAAAUAAAAGUGGUGCAGA